AUGCGCGUUGAAGUCUCCCAGCAGAACUAUGGAGUCCCCUACUGGUGCCCUAUACAGGACUCCAUGCAGGUAACACCUACAGUCACCCCAUCAGUUUUCCUAGCUUCCACUCAAGGUACUGCAGAUGACAAAAAUGGACCAGAGACAUCCCCCAAGUGCAUCUACACCCUCGAAGAAGAAAACGAUACUGUGACAGUGAACAUUGACAAGAAUGACUCAGCAGACAAAUACGAGAUUAAAUUCACAGACACAUCAGAUGGAAGCAGUACAAAAACAUGGCCAGAAGAGUCUUUCCCAAUAUCACUUAAAUCAUUUAAGCCUUGCCAAAAUUACACUGUCACUCUUACUCCUUCCUGUAAACCCACGACUGGAUUUUUUAAAACAAGCGAAUUAGUUGACUCAGAUGUAAGCCACACGUUGAAGAUAACUGGGGCAAAAGUACAAGUGUGUUUUGAGACCAAAUGGGAUUUGAGUAAAUGUAUUGAUCUCGAUACCAGUAACUCCUGCACUGGCUAUAGCGUGACUUUCAACGGAGAUCCCUGCAAGAAAUCUAUCCCUUUCACACUUCCCCCAGUAAAGCCUGUUAUUAGUUAUACAAACGAGUUCCCCACGGAAUUACGUUGGCGCAAUCAGCCUUCAAACUGCCUAAAAAACUUCACAUACAACUGCAAUGGUUUGACAGUUGCAGAUUUGAAACCUUUUCAUGAUUAUGCAUGCACUGGGACAUAUGAUUAUGAGAAUGGAACAAUUACAAGUGAUCCCAUCCGAGUUAAGAUUGAUUGUGAUAUAGUGAAUGAGCCCAGUCUCUCUGUAAGUCAUAAUAGCAUUCAUGCAUCCUGGCAAUUGGAUAGCGAGAACUGUCCAUCGAUUACCACAAACUUCACCUGGAAAGUAACAUGCAAAGAACAUGGUUCCACCAGAUAUUUAAAAGGGCACUGUACCAAGAACUCCUGUGAAUUUUCUAAGUUGGAAUUUUUUACGGUAUAUACUUGUGAGUUUGAAGCAGCUUAUGAAAACAAACCAUUUCACAUCACUACCAAAACUACAAAAACCUGGCCUGGACAACCGUCUUACACAAAUGGUCCAACAAAAAAAGAGGAAAGCCAUAAUGCUUUCAGAGUGAGCUGGUCAAUCGACAGUUGGAAUGGCGAUUCGGGAAAGAUCUUCGCAGAGCUCUACAUUAAUCAUAAUCUGCAAGAGAAUAAAACAGACUGCAAUGGAAAAAUUUGUAAUUUUCAUUUCACAAACCUCUACUACUCAACACAAUAUAAAAUUAAGGUGUAUGCCCAAAAUGGUCAUGGGAACAGAACAGUUAUCCUUGAUAUGGAUCAUUCCACUAAAUACAAUGACAAAGCCGUUAUUGGAUUCCUGGCCAUUCUCAUUGUUCCUACAUCUGCUGCACUGCUGUUUGUCCUCUACAAAAUCUAUCUUUCAAUGAGAGAGAAGUCAAGAUGACAUAGACGAUCCUACAUCAGGUGAUGACGGACAAUGCCAGCUCCAGAGCCUAUGGGUUUGUGUCCUACUCAUCUCAGGAGGCCGCUGGAUGUUAAAUAGCAUAUUUUAAAAAGUACAGUUACAGUUACUGUGUAGGUUUACUGAAGCACUGUAAUUUUUCAUGUUUAUG